AUGGUCUCUUCAACGCCUCACAAUGUUGAGCAGAUCACCCGACUUGCACAGGAUUACGAAUAUAACCCUCUGAUACCGCUGAAAUACUGGCUGAGGACGGCGAAUUCUCUGGUCAAGGAGGCGGAAAUCUACGAACGAGAGGGUCACGAUGAACAGGCAUAUCUACUCCUUUUUCGGCAUGCGCAAUUAGUACUGGUUCACCUGGUGAACCAUCCAGAUGCGAAAGAUGAGAAAAAUCGGCAUGGCCUUCUCACAGCAGAGAAGCAGGUCAAAGUCAACAUUGAGAAGCUCGAGGCACUCAAGCCUCAGAUCAAUAAACGAUAUGAACGCUAUAAACAUUUGACACAAGACCGCGAUGCGCGAAGAGUCAAGGCGCAGAAAAUACAACAUGAUCUUCCGCCCCCGACCAAUUACCAGACCAUCUCGGAUCCUGCGCUGUCUGGCACUGCGCAGCCAUUGGAAGCAGGAGAGAAUAAAGAACUUGCAGUACAGAUUGCUCGUAAGGAGAUCAAUCGCCGUGAGACUAUAAAACGUGCUAGCAGGAUAGCGGGCAUCACCCAAGAGGAGGAACGCGCUCGACGGACUGGUGGUGUAUGGGGAGAUUGGGAACAAGCUCUAGGUCAGCAAAAUGUUCCUGCCAGUGAUGGAGACGAUUUAAGCCGACGCAUACAAGAGGUUCGGUUACGUAUGGAAGAUUCAGAGGACAACAACAAGAAGAAGAAGAUUUCUCGUCAACAUGUUGAACAGACGGAAGUUCCUUCAACGUACAGGUAUCCAACUGUACCUAGACAGAAGAAGCAUCAAUCCGAUACUCCUGCACAAACUCUUUCAAAGUCAUUAUACAGUCGAGAAGAGCCAUUAAAGCCACCGGUGCCUCCGCCCAAAAAAGCCCAGCGAGAUUACUUUCCCGUGGAAGAACCACCUCCGCGCCCAGGGAAAGUAUCGUCUACUACUGGUCCACCUUUACCAUUGAAAGAAAAGAUUGCAGCCACAAGAAUACAACCAGGCCCGUCAGAUCUUAACCCAUCAACUUUCACUUUCAAGCCCUCUGCCUAUCUGGAGAAUGGAACCCCUCUGCGGACAGUUUUUCUGCCGCCUAAUCUCCGGCAACAUUUCCUAGCGCUCGCUGAUUCCAAUACACGGCGCAACCUCGAGACUUGUGGAAUUCUUUGUGGAACACUGAUCUCGAACGCAUUAUUCAUAUCCAAAUUGCUCAUUCCGGAGCAGGAAUCGACCUCGGAUACAUGUGAGACUGUGAACGAAUCGGCUAUCUUUGACUACUGUGACUCUGAAGACCUGAUGGUGCUCGGCUGGAUCCAUACGCACCCUAGUCAGACAUGCUUCAUGAGCUCUCGAGAUCUACACACGCAUUGUGGCUAUCAGGCCAUGCUACCGGAGAGCAUUGCUAUAGUCUGUGCUCCCUCAAAGGACCCCGACUGGGGAGUCUUCCGGCUUACCGAUCCGCCGGGGUUGAAAUCGGUGCUUGGUUGCACACAAAAGGGGCUUUUCCACCCGCACGCGGAGACAAACCUGUAUACCGAUGCGCUUCGGCCGGGACAUGUAUUUGAGGCCAAGGGCUUGGAAUUCGAGACUGUCGAUCUGCGUCCGGGGAUUUAG